AUGGAAUCCGGACCAGUGACCGGCAAGUCAACCCUCACCUCGGCCCUCUGCUCGGUCAUCGCAUCAGCUCUGGAGUCAGCCCUCAAGUCAAGCAUCGGGGUAACCACCCAUCCAACCGGUCACGCGAUCGUGACAAGCCCAAACUCCACGACCGCCGCUGAAAGGGUAUUCAAAACCCCAGAGCUGAUGGCCAUGAUCCUGGACCAAUUCGUUGGCAAGCGACGACGAGUGAUCACAGGCAAUCCCUUAGGCUUUGCAGACUUGACGUCCCUCCAGCGCUGCAGUCUGGUCAACAGAUACUGGUGCCUGCACGUAAUGCGAAUCUUCUGGAGAAACCCCACUCCUCCAAGAAGUAUCCCGCAAGCGUUGCACGGGUACCUGGAAUCUGAGGGACCUUUUCAGACAUCACUUGUCCAACGAUUCUCCGGGGUCAAAGAGGGCCGGCGUCCGUUCUAUGCAAACUGGGUGCUGAAGGCAAACCUGAUGGUUGUUCAGCGGCAUGAGCUGCGCGAAGCAAGCAGGCUCUUCCAUGGAUUUACUUUUCCCAAGUUGCGCACCUUGGUGAUCUUCCUGGAUCAGGGCACCGGGGAUGUGUACUUGCCGGUCAUCAUUGCGCCCAACUUGUCGAGAAUAGAGGUUGACUUAUGCAAGUUUCGCACUGGUCCCUCCGACCAGUAUGUGGCGUGGGAGAUGGCUACGAGGGGCCCGCAGCGUCGAGCAAUCGCUAAACUCGCUGACAUUAUUCGUGACCGCUAUGCUUCUGCUCGACAUGUCGUCUUCAAGGGUGGAAUGACAAUGGGCAAGCGGACGUUCAAAAAGUUCAAGAAGGAGCUGCCGGCUGCUUCGGUGAUGUUUACAAAUCCUCCAGGUUGGUGGAGCGAAGAAGAAUAA